AAACCAACCAACCACCACCACAAUAAACGUGUUCAGAGAUCACCGGGGUCUGCCCGGUAUAUAAACAGGGUCAGAGAUCCCCGGGGUCUGCCGGGUAUAUAGGAACCUUACUAGUACCCCCCACGCAACCCUGAGCUUGAAACGAGAAAUGCCUUGACGAAACUAUGAAUGCAGAACCCAAAAGACGCAGGAAAGCACCUGUUGAACCGUUCUCCUCUAACGCAUCGUCAUGUUCCUCCUUCCGCACAACCAUACACCGUCGAUGGUGGUGCUGCCUCUCAUGUGAUGACACCUGUACUACCGUACGGGUACAAGGAGCGGACAGCAGAGAAGUCCUUCAUGUCUCACCACCAACUACCGUACAGCGUACCAAUAGUGUCGAGUUGAGCUGGGUUACCGGGAUCCAAGCCUCGAGAGCAAGCUGAAGCCACCAUGUAUGUCGACGCUGCCUGUACCGCCGACUGACCAAAGAUAUUGUUUGCACGAUUGACCUCUACCAAACCAAACGACCCACAAAAACGAAAUCAAAAUGAAGAUCAGCAUCAAAUUCAAACCAAAUCAAAAGGACGACCAUGGCCAACGAAAACAGUGGAGAAGCCCUUCGUUUCUCGUUUUGGUUUGAUUUGAUGUUUCCAGUCAUAGCUUUUGAAUGAUGUGACGCUGAACCCGAGCUUUGGGGAACACUCAUAAUCUCAGGUUCUUUGUUGAUCAACAAGCUGUCUAUCGCUCCCUGAUCAUUUCCUACAUCUCCUCAUCAAUUCAUCCAUCAUGCCCAACUGGAGCUACGCUUUCGACCCCAAUCGAUAUGAUCCAUCUCACGACGCCUAUACAAUCUUGAAAGCCCCCUUUGAAUGCACGGAUCGUGAACUCAAGCUCCAGUUUCGCAGAAGCGCCCUCGAGUGCCACCCGGACAAGAGCAGCGUCCCAGAUGCAACUGCGAGGUUCCAAUAUCUCAACAACGCUUGGGAAAUGCUGAAGAAUCAUCGUACAAUCUACGAUAUCAACCGCAAUGCCUAUCUGCGAAUCCAUCAUCGCCACGAAGAAGCACUCCGUCGUCAACGAGAAGCAGAACAGAUCCGCCGUCAGUGGGAAGAUCAGCUACGCCGUCGGAGGGAAGAGCAGCACCGUCAUCACGAGGAGUUCAUGCGUCAAAUGGAGGCACGAAACCGCGAAAUGCUAGAGCAGCUUCGCCGUCAACUAGAAGAGCAGCAGCGCCGUCAGCAAGAAGAGCAGCUGCGCCGUCAGCGAGAACAGGAAGAGCGCCGUCAACGACAAGAGCAGCUGCGCCGUCAGCGGGAAGAGCGACGCCGCGAACGACAAGAGCAGCUACGUCGUCAGCAGCUAGUGGAAGAGCGCCGUCGUCGGGACAAGUUGCGCCGUCAGCAAGAAGAAGAAAACAUCCGCCGCGAGCAAGAAGAGAUACGUCGCGUUGAGCGUGAGAUGGAAGUGAUACGCCGCCGUCGCGAAGAGAUUCUCCGUCGGGAAGAGAUGCGCUGCUGCGAGUCGGACGAUCAAGACCGGCAAGCCAUGCGACAACACCCUAAGAGUGACAGUGGCCAUGAACCGGUACGGCGAACCCAGCCAGGUCGAGCAGCCAAGUCUCGGAACGUCUCCUACGUAUUCUGAAGACUCGAGUCGUAUACUCGGACGACCCGGAAAGUGAAAGAAAGGUUGAAUGGCAGACAUAGUGACAGCGACAGCGACAGCGAUUCAUCAUGCCACCGGCAACCUGCAAAUAGAUUAGAAAGCACAACAAGCAAACUUGAAUUUAUCAAAGUGUCCAUUGAGCAAGCGAUACCGGUAGGAAAAGUUGCCUUCAUCAAAUUAUAACUAGAAACCAAGUAGCUGCUAACUAACC